AUGUUGGGUCCAUUCAGUCCUGCGAUAUGGAUCCCGAGAUUGGGGUUCGCGUUUAUUCCUUCGCUGUGGAAGGUCCGGCACUGGUUUCAUAUGCUCGAAUUUUGUGAUCAGUGCAUGGCUCGACGGAUGGAGAAAACACUCUCCGAUCACAAUAUUGCGUCUUGGUUCAUCGAGGACCAUGUCAAACACGGAUCAGAUCCCACGCGGGCGCGGUGGUUGAGUGGUGAUACUGCAACACUAGUUGUAGCUGGAAGCGAUACCACCGCUCCAAGCCUAACGCUUGUCUUCUAUUUCCUCGCUCGCUAUCCCAUGCAUGCUGAGAAGAUAUACGAAGAGAUCCAAGGAGUUGAUAGGGAGAACCCAGCUGCAUUGGCCAUGUUGCCACAUUUGACGGGCACUAUAAACGAAGCCAUGCGAUUGCUUCCAGCAGUACUUACCUUCAGCUCUCGAAUAACUCCACCGGAAGGACUGAUGAUAGAUGGCACCUUUAUCCCAGGAAACACCAAAAUAUGUGCACCACGCUAUACAAUCGGUCGACUUGAGACGGCAUAUGUCAACCCCCAUGAAUUUAUUCCCGAGAGGUGGUACAGCCAACCGGAGCUUAUCAAGGAUAAAAGGGCAUUUGCUCCUUUUGGUGUCGGGCGUACAAGCUGUGUUGGCCGUCAUUUAGCUCUUGCACAGAUCCGACUUGUAACUGCUGCCUUGAUGUUUCAUUAUCGAAUCAAAUUUGCACCUGGUGAGAAUAAUGGCGAGGCUGUGGAACGAGAUAUGAAGGAUCAAUUGACCGCGCAGCCUGGUGCUUGUCGGCUUGUGUUUCAAAGUCGGGUAUAG